AAAAGGAAGCGCUCUAAAAUCAAGAAAUGAUGAGCAGUAUUCCGUUUUCAAACGGGACAAAAAUAUUGAUGGGGUCAGGGUCAAACUGAUGCGGCGGCGUUCUGCGCACGUUGACGCAAUCUUGACGCUCUUGAGCGCAACGCCAUUACGCAUGUGACUCGUCACCGGCUCCUGCAGGCUGUUUUGGGCUCCGUUUGUUAUGUGAAUGAAAUCUAAAGACGAAAAUAUUGUUGGAGAAAUAAUUGCAGCUGAAGUUAGGCAAAAGGACAAUUUGGUGAUAUCGGAACAACUAUAGGUUUUAUAUAUCUAUCUAUCUGAGACUAUUAAGGAACAUGCUUUCCUUUCCAUUUUAAGUUGGCAACACUUUUCAGCAUUUACGAUAUUUUCUGCGUAUCUUGUAGCAUUUAUCCUGGCGUAAACGGACAGAAGUUACGAAUGAAGUCGUCAAGCGCUGAUCGAUCAGAAUCUUGAGAGGAACUGAAGUUAAGUCGGCCUAAACAUGAUAUCUCGUCAGAGUAAGGAUUUUCUCAUAAGGAUCGCCGGUUACUGGAAGCCGCUGUUCAGAGGCAGAUUCCUGAUCGUGACUAACACGGUGAGCUCCGGAGGGAUGUUGGCCGCGGGAGAUUUCCUCCAGCAGACGCGCGAGACGCGGAGGACACCCGGCCGAACACGUGACUGGACGCGUACAGGUUGUAUGUUUGCGGUCGGAUGCUCUAUGGGUCCUUUCAUGCAUUAUUGGUACCUGUGGCUCGACAAAUACUUUGUAGGCAAUGGCAUUAAUAAUGUCUGCAAGAAAGUGCUUACUGAUCAGCUGGUCGCUUCGCCAGCAUUGGGGGCCUGGUACUUUCUAGGUAUGGGUAUGAUGGAGGGUCACACCUUGUCUGAGGCACAAGCAGAAUUCAGAGGCAAAUUCUGGGAGUUUUACAAGGCAGAUUGGUGUGUUUGGCCAGCAGCUCAAAUGAUAAACUUCUACUUCUUGCCACCCAAGUUUCGUGUCCUUUAUGUCAAUAUGAUCACCCUGGGAUGGGACACUUAUCUCUCCUACCUCAAACACAGAGACCGAGUAGAGGCCACAACAGAAGCUGAGUGAGCUGCCUGAAGAUGUCUGAGGAAAAGGGAAUAUACACAGCUUCAAUCAUAAAAAAUAAUAAAAUCUUUUUUUUUCAAGACUGUUAAUGGACAACUUUCUGUUUUUAAAUAUCAUAUAACAGAAUUUUAUCCAGUAAUGUCAGUUACAUUGCACAUUUUGCCACUGGAAUUUACUUUUUGUUUUUGAAUAAUUCAAAUAGUUUUGAAAAAUUAAGUAAUUGUAAACAAAUGUAUUUGUCCAAAAUCUGUGUAUUUUUGACAUGUGAAGGGCAGUUUAAAAAAUCACACUGUUUACAUUAUAUUCUUAUAAUGGUAUAGAAUACAGUUUUUAGAGGUGCUUUACUGUAAGAAGUAAUAUUUUCAGUUUGGUCAGACAUGUUUAUAAUAACAGUAGUGUGCCAAUAUUAUUUUCAUAUACAUUGGAGAAAUGCUGUAACAGAUGCUGCAUAGGCAGAAACGUUACGUUACUAUUGAUUCUUACUGUUAUGUUCAUAAAUGGCCUUUACAUGUAAAUUAAUUUCAUUUUUGUGAUUAUAAAUUUUAUGCUUUGG